AUGACAUAUCCCGCAAUUGGAGAGUACAAAAAAGGUAGCCGUUCCCAGAUUACCCGGCGCAGCGAGGAAGAGCGAAUCAGGCAGAAACAAGCUGCUCUACGCGGCACAGAUGCUCAGAAGCCUGCUUAUCCUGGCGCCGUCACUGCCGAAGAGGGCGGUUCUGGUUUGAUCAAGGGUCUCAAGAAGAUCAAGACCCCGGAGCCCGAGAAGCCUUACGACCCAGAACCUGGUGUACGCAACAGGGGACAGAACCGGAUACGGCCUGCACGGCGACUUCGUUAA